UAGAAGUUUAAUAACAAAACCCUAAUCCUCUCCCUCCCUCUUCCCAGUUCGUACGCCGCCUCUCAGCGGCUGCGGCAUCUCCCCUCCUUCCCUUCAUUCUUGUGCUUUCUGGAGUUCGGGGGCACUCGAAGCCUUCCCUAUCUUGGUACGAUCCACAACGAUCGUAUCAACGGGUCUCUUGUUGAGGCUAUUAUGGCCGCAGAUUCAUCCGCCUUCGCAGAACAACUCGUCGCGCUUGCUGCCGGCAUACAAGAGCUGCGCGAGGCCAUGCGGGAAAAUACAUCUCACCUGCAACAGGAAAUCGUCGCCCGCCUGACAGCCCACGCUUCCCGGUUAGAUGCCCAGUAUGCCCGUCUCGAGUCCCUAUAUUCGAAUCGGCAUGACGGACAACACUUUCCCCGAUGUCACACCGGCAGCGGCGAGGGUUAUGAGCGUUCUGGCUCCUCCUACACACCUAAGCUGAAGCUCGAAUCACCCAAGUGUGAUGGAUCGGAACCACUUUGUUGGCUCUACAAGGUUAAGGAGUACUUCGAGUUUUAUGAUACGCCACCGGGCGAACGACUUCGUUGUGUCGCCCUCAUGCUAGAAGGGCCGGCGGCCGACUGGUUUCGUUGGCACAUGAAGAAUAAGUUGAUUGAUGGUUGGGAUGAUUUCGUGCACAAGUUUAAACUCCGCUUUGACCCUGACCACUUUGUGGAUUACUUCGGCCAGUUGGCUAAAUUGCGGCAAAGGGGUUCUGUCAUGGAGUAUCAGGAGGAAUUUGAGAAGAUACUUCAACAUGUUACGGGCGCCAGUGAAGAUAUUUUAGUCUCUCUCUUUCAUGCCGGGUUAAAGCACCAUCUUCAACAGGAGAUCUCCUUGCUCAAGCCCGACUCGUUAUUCGAUUCCUUCACAUUGGCUCGGGAACUCGAGGCCAAACACACCGCUCUCCUUCACUCGGUUCACCAACGGCAAGCCUUCGGCUCCAACAGUGGACUGGCGCGCGGGGGUCCUCCCGGCUUCAAACCAACGCAACAACCCCCCUUGCUGCCAAUGCCCCCAAAACCAGCGCCACCAGGACUUCCCGGGCACAAUAAGCAUUUAUCUCUAGCGGAAAAGGAAGCCAAAGACGCCAAAGGAUUGUGCUACAAUUGCGAUCAAAAGUGGUCACGCACGCAUAAGUGUGGCCGCUUCUUGAUACUCUGCGGGGCGGACGAGGACGACGACAACGUUACACCGUACCUGGACGGAUUAGGGUGUUACACACCGGACCUGGGGGAUAAGAUCGCUGUCACUGCCGAUAUUUCCAGUUUGAAUAACUUCGCCGGGCUUCAACCCCCACGAUCCCUACGAUUGGACGGUCGAGUGGGAAAUCAGGAUGUCCGGGUGCUCAUCGACGGCGGGAGUACACAUAAUUUCAUCCACCCCGCACUUGUGGCUCGUUUGCAGUUGCCACUUCGUGUAGUUGAGCCGUUUCGGGUCUACGUCGGGAACGGCGACGCCCUCCCCUACACGUCCCAGUGCAUGGGCGUGCCCCUUGUUAUGCAAUCUCACAUGUUUAUAGUGGAUUUGUUUGUUUUGCAGAUUCAUGGGCAGGAUAUUGUACUUGGGGUCCAGUGGCUAUAGUUAUUGGGUAAAGUGUCACAGGAUUAUGGCCAGCUUACCCUCGAGUUUACAUGGGACGACAAACCGAUCCAGCUUCGGGGCGAUACGUCACCUAAACCCGUCACCUUCUCGAUGCUUAAAUGUCUCCAAUCUUCUCGGUAUAUCACGGCCUACUAUGAGAUGGU